AUAAGACAUACUCACUAUAUAGUAUAGAAAUAGUUUUUACAUACAAAUAUGUGAAUGUUACAAUUGUAUAUGCUUUAUUGUAAUUUUUAUAUAUACACCUCUCUCCUCCACAACUCUUCCCUACACACAAUAUGAAACACUCGCUCCAAUAAAAAUCUCUUCUUCUUCCUCUGCCUCUUUCUCCCAAAAGCUCUCUCUCUCUGUCUCUCGUAAUGUCGAUGUUGGGUUUGGUUUUAUUGGUUCUUAACGUUCUUGCAUUGUCUGAAGCAAGAAUCCCUGGAGUUUAUAAUGGUGGUGGUUGGGAAACUGCUCAUGCCACUUUCUAUGGCGGCUCUGAUGCUUCUGGCACCAUGGGAGGUGCUUGUGGUUAUGGUAACUUAUACAGCCAAGGCUACGGUGUGAACACGGCGGCUCUAAGCACGGCUCUAUUCAACAAUGGUUUUAGCUGUGGUGCUUGUUUUGAGCUCAAAUGCGCAAGUGACCCAAGAUGGUGCCAUUCUGGUAGCCCUUCGAUCUUCGUCACGGCGACCAACUUCUGUCCUCCUAACUUCGCUCAGCCUAGUGACAAUGGCGGCUGGUGUAACCCUCCUAGGCCUCACUUCGAUCUCGCUAUGCCUAUGUUCCUCAAGAUCGCUGAGUAUCGUGCUGGAAUCGUCCCCGUCUCUUUCCGCCGUGUGCCUUGCCGGAAGAGAGGUGGUAUAAGGUUCACGAUCAACGGCUUCCGUUACUUCAACUUGGUUCUAGUCACGAACGUCGCGGGAGCCGGAAACAUCGUGCGGCUAGGCGUGAAAGGAACACACACUUCGUGGAUGAGCAUGAGCCGUAACUGGGGACAAAACUGGCAGUCGAACUCGGUUUUGGUCGGUCAGUCGCUUUCGUUUAGAGUUACGAGCAGUGAUCGUAGAAGCUCGACGUCGUGGAACAUUGCUCCGGCGAAUUGGCAGUUUGGUCAGACCUUCAUGGGAAAGAACUUCAGAGUUUGAAAAUGGGCAAAAUCGGAAUGUCAUCUAUCUUCUAAUUAUGAUUAUUACUAUUAGAAUUUCUAGCCGAAGGCAUUAUUACUUUAUUAGUAGUAAUUUGGGAAAUUUUAAUAUAAAUAUAAAUAUAUUAUAUUUUUACAUGUUUUUUUAAGAGACCACUAAAAUUCCAAUUUUUCUUACAUCUGAUGGUUUUUUUUAUAUAUGCUUGUGAUGUGUUUGUUGGAGAGUGUGAAAGUGGUUUUUUAGUGUGUGGGGUGUUAAAUGUUUAUUUAGUAAACUUUUGGGGUGAAAUUAGAAGUUUAGUAAAAGUAGAAGGAGCCUAUCUUUGUAAUGCUUCUUGUAGACCUCUUAUAUUGUAAUUUAUAUAUAAAUUUGGGUAUGUUAUGGUUUAUUAUCUU